AUGUCCAGGACGGAAAGAUACUUCAUUAAUCACGAGCCAUACGUCGACCACGAACUUGGAAGGGCUGUGGACACCAUGUGGCCAUGUUGGCUGGCUUGGUACUACAAACAUGGGUAUCCAAAUCAAGCGUUGUUCCUGUAUCAAACCCUGAGAGACCAUACGGGCUCUUCUCAGGCCAUAGGCUGUCAACGUGUUGUUGAUGAGCCCGGCAUCGGUGAUGGAAUACACCUCCUGUGGACACGUAGCCCCUUUAGCAUGAGGCGCUUUUGCAGGGUCAAGUUCAACGUUUUACUCCCAUUUACUUCAAUCUCGAUGAAGUCCGCAAUCCAUAAUACGUUCUCGACGAACAAGAAAGAAGAUGAUCUGGAAGAGCUAGAACAUAUGCCGGCAUCUAAUUCCCAAACAGAAGCAAGCCCUCGGAUGUUGAUGAACGACCUCGGAAGAUUAUUACACACGAGUUUAUAUGACCAAUUAUCCACCAUCUGCAAUAUCUAUCAGAUGGAUUGGUGCAUUGACCUCGUUCCUCACAGUCCACUUUAUGACCGAGGGUGGUUUCAAUCGUUAAUUCCUGCACAAAUCACGGAUAGCUAUCGAUUGAUGAUCGUGGGGUCGCUGCUCCAAUCACUGUCCUUGUUCGCUUUGUCCUUCACGAAGCCUGGUCAAUUCUACUUGGCUUUUAUGGUUCAAGGCGUCAUUUCUGGGUUUGGGAUGGGCCUAACGUAUGCUCCCAGCAUUGCGGUCGUUUCUCAACACUUCUCUUCUAGAAAACGUACAUUAGUGAUGUCUCUCGUCACAUCUGGUACACCACUUGGUUCCAUGAUUCAUCCGAUCAUGCUCAAUAACCUUUUGAAUGGUACUGUUGGCUUUGCAAAAGGCGUUCGCGCUA